AAUCAUGGGCCGGAAAAGAGACAGAACCCACUUCGCCCGACCCGGCCCAUACUCCUUCCCCAAGCGCCGCCGUCCCCUUCCAUCAACCACCGCCGUCACCGACGACCCUUCACCGGAAAACAACAACUCAUCAUCAUCCACCACUAAACAACAACCAGCCACAGUAAUAGUUAUUGGUGUUCCUUCAGAGUGCUCUGUUCUUGACAUUAAAUCUCGUUUUGAGAUUUAUGGAUCCAUUUCAAGAACCCGUGUUGAACCCAAUGGUCUCGCGCAUAUCACUUUCCGGUCUAAUGAUUCUGCUCAGAACGCUGUUGAUGCUGCUGUGGAUAACUCUUUUCCCAUUACUCUCCACUCCAAACCAGUUCAGGUAAUAUGGGCAACUGACCAUGCAUCAGAGUGGAAGGAAGGCGUGAUGCGAAAGGAUGAACUAUCCACAUCAACGGUUGCAUCGAAGCUAGUUAGGGCGGAGGUGCCACUAAGUAGGCAUGGGAGAGGUAAUAGACUGGGAUCAGCAAUUGUGAACCCCAGAGAUGAGGAUAAUGAUAAUGCUGGCGGUAAUGUUCGUGCACAUGUUAGUACACGGCUUGUCGAGCCUUACCAGGGUAGGGAAAUUGUUGCAUAUGAUGAUAUUUUGUAACUUAUGGCCGUGGUUUGAGGGGUUGCCUCACUUGUAACAUUAGCAAUAUGGCUUUCUAAAGUAACAUUUUAAGCUUUUAUUUAUGAAGUUAGGUAAAGGUUGAGUUUUUGUUGCAGAUUAGUUGGAGUGAUUUUCAGUUUUAGAUGUUCUUUCAGUAAGGUCCAGAUCUUGUUGGAAUUUUUCUCGGUGUAAUAUUUAGCAUUAGAUAAUAAUCAUGUAAGUAAGAUUUAUUUAUUUGUUUGAGUGUGUAAUUCAUAUAUGCAUCCGUCUUUGCAAAUAAGAUAUUGUUCCUUGAUUUGGAUUUUGUCGAAAAUAUAGAUGUUAUUACUA